UUGGGAAGUAGUUUGGAUUGACGCUGCAACGUCGGAGUCUGAACAAUUGCACUCGCUGCAUCGCCACAUAAGUUUUUCGGUUUUGUGUUUGCUGAAAAGGCGUGAAGUUUGAAAAGCGAAGAUGUCAAGUGAAUUAGAUGAAAGAGUCUUGGAUGAAUUGGAAGCUUUGCAGGCUAUACUGAUGGACGAGGUAACAGUGAAAACUAAUGAAAGUGGCAUGCCAGUAUCUGUUGAAACUGUUUUACUUCCUGCCACUGCUGAUGACACUCUUCAGCAGUAUGUCAGGAUAACACUAGUCGUGGAACUACCACCAGGAUAUCCAGAUACUGAACCAGUAGUGCAUCUGCGAAACCCAAGAGGUUUGGAUGACUCUGUGCUAAUGAAGAUUGAGGAAGAGACUAAAAAGAAAUGUGAAGAUUAUCGUGGACAACCUGUCAUUUAUGAGCUUAUUGAGCUAGUGAAGGAACAUCUGACAGCAAGCAAUCUUCCAUCUUGCCAGUGUGUUAUAUGCUUGUAUGGAUUUCGCGAGGGUGACCACUUUACAAAGACACAAUGCUUCCACUAUUUUCAUUCACAUUGCCUGGCAUGUCUUGUGACAACUACCGAGAAAAAUUUUCAUGAAGAACAAGAGAAAUUACCAGCCUGGCAGAAGCAACAAAGCGGUACCUUUCAGGUGUUGUGCCCAGUGUGCCGAGAACCAAUCACAUAUGACAUGGACCUGCUUUCUUCUGCCCCACCUCCUAUGGAUGUAGAAAAUGCGAGGCAAUUUGAAUUGAGUGAUGAUCUUCGUAGCCUACAGCAGCAGAUGGCAUCACUAUUUAGUUAUCAGAAACAGCGAGGUGGAAUUAUUGAUCCAGAAGCUGAAGAAUCAAAACUUGUUUUGGUGACAGAAACACCGGAGAGUGAGGACACUGCUGGAUCCAGUAUACCACAACAACCACUCCCACGGUUAGCUCCUGUUGUGCCACCAGGGAGUAGGGAUUGGAGGAGGGGCCAGGGUAUGAGGAGCAGGGCUGCCUUUAGGGGACGCAGAGGCUCUUCACGUGGUAAACCACCUCAACAGGCUGCUACAUCUAGAUGACGUUGGCUGAUUAAAGGCAGCAGCAUAAAUAAAAUAAAUGGAAAGAGAAAAAGAGCACAUGGACAGCUUUAAAUGAUCACUUUUUCACACAGGAGUUCAGGAGAUAUAAGUUCCUUGUUGUUCUGUAUGUGUUUCUCCUGUAUUACAAUGCUGAGAUUAUUUAUAUGAGCUUAUUUUACACUGAUUUGUACAUAGAUGUAUUUAUGUUUCUUGUUUGUAUAGAAAAUUUGCAAUGUAGAACCCAAACUUCAAAUUUUUGUUCUUUGAACAUGAGGCAGCUAAAUUAUUAUUAUAAUUA